ACUAUAAUUCAAAAGCACAAAAGUUCAGCAAAAUCAAUAAGCAAAAUGUCUGACAAAGAUAAGAACGAGGAAAAAAAACCAAAUGAUGCCUCAAAGGAUACCAAAAAAGUUAGUUCUGGCAAAGCGCCAGCCCCUGCAGUUAGUCCAAAACCAGAAUCAAAGUCUAAGAAAGGUUCUGGUACAGAAAAACCUUUGGAAUUUCAACAAACAUCUGCAGUUGAUCAAAAGUUGGAAUCAAAAACAACUGAGGUUGCAGCAGCUACCGAAAAUAAAGAAGGCGAGGCAUUGCCAAGGAUCUCUGAACCAGAAGAUGAGAAAACCCAACCAGAAAGGGCAGUUCCUGAAGAAAGCCAACAAAAUGUGAAGAUCGAAACUGAAACAAGCUUUCUAAGAGGUCGGGACUCCGUGGAUCAAAGACCUACAGAGAGUAGCACAGAUGCAGAAACUGCAGAGGAAAAGCGUGAAAAUCUUGAGCCAAUUGAGACGGAUGGAGAGCCGCACAGGGAGGAAUAUGAAAGUCUGGAUGGUGCUCAGAUCAACGCCAGUAUCCAGACCUCUCAACCAAAGGCAGAUUCAGAUGAUGGUUCACCUCAUUCCGCAAGGGACUAUCUCCAGUGCGCUGAAACGGUGACGGACCACCAAAGCGAAAGACUAGAAGAUAUCCGAAGUGUUAGGAGACCAUCGUUUGACAGUGGCAGAUAUGAACCAUCUAUUGGUGGUGGGUCGCGAAGAGUCAAAGGACGAUCGACACCUAGCACGGCGGGCAAUCAGUACCUAACAUCAGAAGAUAUACGAAAAUUGUAUGCCCAGAGAGAUCUAGAGGAAUCUCAGUUGAGAAAUCGGGGCAAAGUCAGAACUUUAGAUGAGAUACGGGGUCCACAGGCCACCGGCACACGCCAGUUCUUCGAAGAAAAUCAAGAAAGUGAAGUUUCUAUUGAUGCUGAUGCUGAUGAUGAUGAUGAUGAUGGUCCUCUGGUAAAACAUAAAGCCACAAAUACUCGAAUCUCUCGAGUGGCUCAAAGAUGGGAGCCGGAGAAUUUCGAUGAAAUUAUCGUAUACGAAGCCGAGGAAGAAACGGCGAAGAUUACGGAAAUAAUAGACGAAAGCAUAGGGGAUAGUUCAGGGGAAAUUAAAAGAGAAUCAUCCAUAUCUCAGAUGCACUACCACUAUUACGGUCUCCUGCGGGACAUUGGGAUUAACACUGUAAAUCCAUGCGAUCCGAUCGAUGACGGUACACCCAUCGAUCCGAUAAAACCCUUCAAAAUAGAUAUGAAUCGCAUUAACGAACUGUUUGCAACGGAACAGGCGGAGUAUGGAAUAUAUGAGAUAGAAACUGGCAGUCGAUCCUACUAUAAGGGCUGCGAAUAUCAUUUUCCGGGCACAAAUCAUUGGAGUAGACUCUUUCGUGAUGGCUCCCAGGGCACAUACCUGUCGCGGCUGCCAAUGCACUGGGUCUACACGGUUCUCUGUGCCGUAGGAUAUAUAGUGUUUGUGUUGCUCUUUAGCAUGGCCUGGUUCGAUCAUGUUACAGAGGGAAUUACCGAAAACAGACCCAACACAAAGAUGGUGCAGCCCCAUUUAAGUCUGGCUACGACUGCAGCGCGUGGUCUAACAUAUGAUCCACGAAACGACACAGAAGUCAAUGAUAUGUACACCAGGAGUUUAGCCUUUUUCCAGAGAUAUGGCGACGCGGGGGAAAGCGAACGCUUUGGACCCUGCACAGCGGAUCAAAAGUUUGGCUAUAUGAGCAGAGCGCCAUGUGUUUUCCUUAAAAUUAAUCGCCUGAUUGGUUUCAAAACUGUGCCUUAUACACAUCCAGAUCAAGUGGACAGGGAACACGACAAGAGACCCGCUGAAAUGAUAUUAAAGAGUCUAUUAAGGAACAUUACAGACCAAGAGGCACGACAGAAUCGCAUUUGGUUUACUUGCAGCACCAAACCCAAGAAUAAACUGCAAAUUGAGUUCUAUCCAGAGCCGGCUGUCAGAACGGAGUACACGGAUAUUGAGGAGAAAUUUGCAGGGAACUCCUUGGACCGAGAGGAUCUCAAUCGUAUUGUGGCUCUCAAGCUACGAAAUCUGAGGCCAAACGAAAGGGUGGACAUCAAUUGCAGGAUCUGGGCACAAAAUAUUCAUCAUAAUGGUGAAGAUUUUGGUCAGGUUUCGUUUUUUGUGAUACUGGGCCAUGAGUUGAAUCGUCAGAGGGUGCAGAAAGCACUCAUAUAUCAUGAUUCAUUGUGAUUCAUCGUGAGAAAUCCAACUUGUAGAUGGAAUUUCUUAGACG